CAAUUAUGUCUUCUCUGUAUUCCUUGAUUCCCUUCUCUCGUGAAUCACCCUAUUCCUUGGUUUCUGAUCAUUGGGAAUCUACCCCCCUUCCCCCCCUGCUAUCAUAAACGCUAAUCACCAUACCGUCAAUACCAGGCUCACCAAUCUCUCCAUCAACAUCAACACGCUGCAUCCGCAACGAACGGAAGCAAGAAGAACGCGAUCCAUAAUAAUAGUGUGACUCCAGCUCCUGGCCCCCUUGUUGCUACGCCCACUCCGAAUUCUUCGGCCUCUUCUACUACUGUGUCAGCGUCUACGUCCUCUUCUACAACUCCAACUCCUACUGCUAUGACUACGAAUAACACUACGCUUCCGACGAUAGCCGGUACGAUGGAUAAAUCCCCUAUACCUACUGUCGUCGUUCCUCGUACGCCACCUUCAUAUCAUGUCACUAGCGCCGCUACACGCAAUUCCACGGGAACUACGCCACCGAUGGCAGAAGACUCUUCUUCCCUCAUCGCUACCCCUUCCACGAACAACCCACCCAUCGGAAGACACCCAUCUCCUCUUACUCCACCUCUUACGCCCGCACACGCGCUCUCCUCUUCGUCAAAACUGAUCGAAGAGGUUGACGAAAGUGUGGGAUUCGUCGAAAGUAAUAUCAUCGGAAAUGAUGCUCAUUCUACACCUCCUGCAUCCGCUGGCAAAGAUAAGCCGACGUAUGUGGGGGGACAACAAAGUCGUUAUGUUCCCCUCACACCCGUCACACCAAAGCAAGGAAAUCCGUCUUCUUCUUCGUUUGAUUCUCCCCAUUCGUCUGGCACUAAUUCCCUAGUGGAGCCCGUCUCUAUCUCAAGUUCGCCAUAUGGAUUAUCUUCAGAUGAGGUCGUCGGCUCCACUCCGAACGGCGGGUUGGAUACGGGUAUUGGAUUAGGCGGUGUUAGUGUGGUGGGCGUGGAGGGGAAUCUCGAUGCUCCACAGUCACCGGGUCGAUUUCUGUUUUUGUACGUGGGUCCAGGCCCAGUGGGAGCUGGGGCAUCGACGGUGGGAUCUGAAUGUGAGAAGGGGAGUGGUGGCUCCGAGGCUACGAUUGGCUCGUGGGAUGUUGAAAAAAUGAAGGAGGAAUUUGGGGAGAAAUUUCUCGUAACUGAUGCUGUCCUCGACCGUUCCCGAUAGCAUUUGGUGAUUUGAAGGGGAUGUAUAUUGGCUUACUGGAAAAGCAUGGCAUCAUUAUACUGGCGUUUUAUGAUGUCCGUACCGCUAUACAUGCGCAUCAAGCUUUCCUCUCGUCGAGGUUCAUCCCCUCGUUGCAAAUGACGAACAACGACAAUGGGAAGAAAGUUGCAUCUAGAUUCGUUUCAAUUGGAGAACUCUACCGCGUAAGCGCUCUCUUCCCCUUUUUUUUCUCCUCAACACCAUGGAUGAUUUUUCCGUUGUUUAUCGUCCUCCCCCCCUUAACUUCGCCUUUUGCUUUAUCUCCGAAAUGAACUGAUC